ACUUUAAUUUUUAAAUUCACAUUCAUAGCUCAGAGAACAGCUUUCUUCUACUUCAAAAUACACAUUGCGUUCCUUUUGAAAAUAUAUUCAUUAUCAUACAAUACAUUAAAACUACAAGAUUACAUGCUCAACGUCAACAAUCGUAUAAGUACAUCUCUGCCUGGAAAAUCGUAUUAGAACAAACCACGUUUUUGCGCGCGCAGCAAAAGUUAAAUUUUCGGGGGUUUUUUUUGGCUUGUUAAUGCUGGUUUAUAUCCCAUCCAGAAUAUUUCAUUUUAUUCGUAUCGAGUUGCACCACCAUUUUUAUAAGUUUUCAAGAAAAAAGUUAUUCGUAAUAUUGGGUCUUACAAGUGAAGAAGAAACACGGUUUAAUAUAUUUCAAAUAAUAAGUUAACUAAUAAUGGCGGUGGACUAAAGUGUUACUAUACAUAAGUAAUCUGUAAUUUUCAUUUACUUAAAAAUGUUACUACACAUAGCUUAUCUGUAAUUUUCGUAUACUGGAUAGCAAAACAAUGAAAGGAAGAAGACAGUUUGUGAUUUUCAAAACAAUGUUUGAUAAGACAAUUCUUAUUAAACAGCGCAAGUUAUUCUCAUUUCAUUUUCUUUUGCGGUAGCCACCGCUCUUUUUCAUGUUUCAGUAGUAUUGGUUUCUUUCUCCACAUAUUCAUUCGAGAUUCCUCUGAAUUUCCAUAGUCCGCCCAAGCAUAUUUAGUUCACGUCAGCUCCCGUCAAUAUAAAAAGCAAAGCUCCAUAUUCAUUUGAGAUUGCUUGAAGUUUUCAUAGUCUGGUCAAGCAUGUUUUUACACCCCAUUUUCCAUAAAUAUAUAAAACAAAGUGCGCAGAAGCCUUUAUUCUGGCAGAGAAUAAAUUAAUAAACAAUUAACCCCCCCCCUUCCAAACACACACAGCGUGGAUCUCUGUGUAUUAGACUGAUCAGAAAGAAGGUGUCAAAUGACGUCAAGAACUUUAAAACAAUAUCAAUACAUAGCGAGAUGCCGUUACACAGAUAACGCCGUACGAUCUAUUGUCGGCGACAAGCUUUAAAAACAACAAAAUCUGUCAGCCGAGAAAGCCACGGUGGGUACUUUACAUUACUCGUCUGUAAGCGCAUUAAGAUGUACCUGCAUUAUAUAUAGCUGAAUAUUCAAUGAUUAGGAGCAUGUACAUAUACCCUUCAACCACCGCCAGGCUACCAAAACCUGGGUAGAAAAUCACUGAACUUUGAAUCAUGGCGACGGUUCAACACCUUUCGCGCAGAAAGAUGGCCGAUCAUGGCGACCACAGUAAUGGAUCACUUCCGCUCAUAAAUGCACCUAUAAAAGAAACCCCAAGAUCAGAAAAAGCGGACAAAGAGAAUCAGCAGCUGACAAAAUUACCGUCCAUUUACAUUCCCACGGUUCCUGUGUCAAGGUCGCCAAAUCUGACCAUCCAGUUGACCGACUUUUUGAAAAGUCCUCCAAACAGUAUCCAAGGUGACAAACAUCGGGAGCCUGACCUCAAGGUCAACAUUAUAGCACGGGACAAAGCCAUCCAGCUUCUUCAGCAGUAUAAUGACAUUGUAGGGGGAGACGAAAACCUGGCUGUCAAAAACCUACCCCCGAUUAAAGUUUCCAUCCGCCCAAGCGGGGCCGAUUUGGGAUUCAAGAAGGAGAAAAUGUCUAAGAAGCCUUCUGUGUUUACGGAAGGUAUAAGUUCAAUUAGCAAGCGACAGGAGCCUUUUUUCACGGUACCUAAAGAAAGCAUUAUUCGCGCUAAUCUUCCUCGAAGUGUUGUGGUGGCGCAGAAGAAAAACCAGUUCACGUUUGGAGUCAAAAAUAAGAAACAGAAAAAAGACGACAAAGGUGAACAAUUGCAUUUUAAACAGAUGAAGAAACUGGGACUUGAUAGUAUGCCGGCGGUAGACAUGGGUAGAUACUUAAGCAAAUCUCACAUGAUGAAGGAAAGUGUUAAUUUGCGUAGUGGAAUAAAGGGCGGAUAUUUCAAAAGUCCAAGAAAGAACGACGACAGAUCGGAGGAUGACAACCAUACAACAAGGGGAUACGAAACAGACAGACCAAGAAUAUUGUCGAAGAAAACUUACCCCCAGAUCACUUCACGAUCAGAAAGCAAAGUGAGUGUGAUAUCACUAGGAGAUUCUCUAGGACCCUCUUACCUAACUAAAAGUCGCAGAAACCUGAAAAAUGAUUUUCCCUUUUAUGAUCUACAUGGUCAAAACGAGGCUCUAAAGAUGAAAUAUCCGUCACGUGACCCGUCCGUAUUCGGAGUGUGUUCGCUGGCUCCAAUUCACGUUGGCGGUCAGUUACAGAGGGUCGGAACUCUUGAUCCAACCUUGCAAGGACCACAAAGGUCCAAUAAAUCUCUCAAAGGCAAAAAGAAAUCCACCAAAGGCAAAAAGAGAGAAACUCAUAGUGAUCUUGGGCCAUGGCAAAAUGAGGUCGUCAUUCCGACUGAGUUUCAGAACGAGACUGGCGAGCUUCUACGGAUGGGUGAGGAAGGACAUGUAUAUUCAGAGUACUCAGACACAAUGUCCUAUCAGAGAGAACUACUUUUACGUAAAAACAUGGCGAGUCCAACAGGUAGUGAAUCCACUUUGACGACUCACACCCAAAUGGUCAACCCGCCGCCAUCAUACGUUUCCAGUAACGAUGAUGAAUAUUUCAGACAGUUUGACAACCACCGAGCAAUGCUUCAAAUCAAAGAAGAGCGCUCGAAUCUGACUCUUGAAAAUGUGGAAGCACACAACAGAGAUAUGCUUGAAAUUAAUUCAGUGACCAACAGCUUCGACAGAAAGAAAAAGGAAGGUCGAAAAGGUAGAGUAAAACCCGAACCCAAGAUCGUCAAUCUAGAAAUAGACGGCGAAAAGAACAGACAGACUUCUGUCAUUGAAGACGGCUUGUUUUUAACAGUGCCCUCCGUAAAUCAGGACAAAGAGAGAAGACCUCAUUUGGUCAAACCAGACAUCGAUAGACAUCACAAUGAACCUGAAGUCAGCUGGUACAGCUCGCGUUCUGAAAAUGACAAUCUUAAAGUUGCUGUGAAAAACAUUCAGUUGUACAACGACCAAAACCAGAACAUCGAUAGCAAUAUUGCCACACCGGAAAUCAACGUCACUUCCGACGGUAGUGAUACUGAGAUUAUAUUGAAAGCCACUGGGGGCGGUUCCAAAGAAAAUCUCGCGAGGGCAGAUACUGAGGAGGAAUUCAAAAAAUUUACUAUGUCGAGCAAAACGAUGCAUUUCAUUUCUCCCCUGCAAGUAAUCGACAAUGCUAAAAGACAUUAAAAGUGUAGAGGUUCUCUUUCCAUUGACAAACGCCCAUCAUAACUUGCUAGUUACACUUUUUGUGUUCUCGUUUUUUUGUCUCCAUCUUAAAACCCAAGUGUUCGUCUGCAUCACAAAAAAUGAAAUACACGAUAUAGGGAUCCUUGACUUGCACUGUUUGGUCGAACAGUUGUGCCAGUUGACUUAUUUGAGGCAAUGGCCGAUAAAGCCAAAAUCACACCUUGUUACAUUUGAAUGUUAUUAUCACUGUUGUGAAUUGUUGAUUGUCUGUUUACAACUUAUAGUGCUUUUAGGAGCAAACCCGUGUCAGCGACGUUUGACAUUUCGUUAUUCGCUAUUUAUUGACAUUAAAUUUGGGAAAAAGAAAUGACUUUGUAUUAUUAGAUAUAAAACGUCUUCAACUGAGAGAG